UUCACUAAAGAAAAGACCGCUGUUAGUUUCUGAUUCACGAAUAUGAUGCACACUUCAAAUAUUUCCAGACUGUUUAAAUUAAUGUCCUAAUGUAUACAGUUUGUGACUACCAGAGACGGUGACUACACAUGUUGCCAUCGCUUUCAUUUGAGGGCAAAUGAAGUACUGUUUACGCCAUAUUGAGCAGUGGCAGCUGAUAAGGCCACAGAAGAGCUGGCUAGAUAGCCAGUCGGUCAUUCACGUCCAAGGAUGCUUCGAUGUUCACGGCCUUUGGCUUCCUCAGGCUCAGUCUGGACCCAAAGAUCGCGGCUGCUGUUUGCAGCAGACCCACGUUCGCCUGUCCAAUCAAACGACCUGUCACUGAAGCCGUGCUGGGAGAGAACUGUGAGGACGUUAUGCGAGGUCUCCCUCCUCGCGCUGCCACGCCCACACGGUGAGAAAAGGAGCCGUUGGAGGGGUAGCAGUUUACCCCGCGAUCUGAAGGUAAAAAGCACAGCUGCUGUCUCCUGGGACGCCCCUAACGGGCACCGCGUCAGGACAGCUUUCUCCCCGUUUCAGGUGCCCGUCGAAAGAGCCGUCCUUUCAGACUGCCUGCCUCUGCCUCUGCCUCAGGACCCCAGCCAAGUCACAUGCACGACUGCUGGGACACAAACAUGUCACAUACCAGUGUCACAUGACCCCGGGAAAACCACUUCAUUGGAGCAGCUGAGCCUCGUGAACAGGCAGAAGCCGGUGCGCACUGACCUAAGCAAGCGGCUGCCAGAAGACCUGCUUACGGGUGAAAGCCUCAGCUCAAACUCAGUAUUAGCCUGGAGUCAUGUGACCGGCGUUCGAAACGUUUGCGGAAAUCUUCCCGUCCAAACUGGGCUGUUUCACGAGGGCUUCUCCUGUCGCUGGGCCGGCUCCCCGCUAAAGCCCUGGACCGCCAUUCCCCAUCAGAACGGCUCGCUCGCCCAAAGCCGGCUCCUGCACCAGGGGCACGACACCUCCAUCCUGUCCCCGCAGAACGAGGCGCGGUGCCGGCGGGUCCUGCAGCCCAACAUGGCCGUGUACGAGCGGGAGAAGGCCAAGGCCAAGGAGGGCCAGCGCGGCUGGGCGGCCGUGCUGGUGUCCCUGUGCUUGGUGCAGGGGGAGCCCGCCUUCCUCUUCACUCUCAGGUCCAGCACGCUGAAGGGCAGGCACAAAGGGGACGUCAGUUUUGCAGGGGGUAAGCAGGACCCCUCGGACCGGGACGUUGUGGACACGGCCCUGAGGGAGGCCCGUGAGGAGCUCGGGGUUGCCGUGGCAGCGAGCAGUGUUUGGGGCACUCUGAAGCCGCUGCGGGAUAUGUCCGGAAUGCUCAUCGCCCCCGUUUUGGCUAAUCUCGGCCCCCUGGAAGCGCUGUCGUUCCAUCCGAAUCCUGGCGAGGUGGAAGAGAUCUUCACCAUCUCCCUAGCUCACGUGUGCAGCCCCAAGAACCGCGGCUACACCAACUACCGCGUCGGCAACCGCUACGGCUACACCACGCCCGUGUUCCUCAACGCCAAGCACCGCGUGUGGGGGCUGACCGCCGUGGCCCUAGACCACACCCUCAAAAUCGUCGUGCCUCCAUAGCAACGCGUCGCCGUGCAGCCCCAGCCCGGCCGGAGACGCCAGUCAUCGCAAUCGUCACCCGGUGCUCAGGUCCACCUCUCCCAGCAGUUCGAUGUAUGAUUUUAGCGUACGUGUCAAUUUAACUGUUUCACAGCAGAAUUACUGAUAGCGACUGCGCUAACAUAUAUGACGUUCCUAUUGUUAUGUCAUAACUGGGCAAAGGCCAAUCAGCACAAGGCUUUGACUGGAGCUGCACCUGGCAGGGACAGGGACCUGCCGGCAAUGGACAGCUGGUCAUACAGUAUGGGUGUUGUGCACCUUGCAGUACCUCCUUUAAAUGACUUCUAUUUAACUCUGUUCUAAUAAUUAUAUUACAUGUAGAAGAUUAACAUGUAAAUCAUGACAUGGACUGAUAUUGUUUUUUUUAAACCUUUAUUUUACCAGGAGAGUCCCAUUGAGACAGAAUCUCUUUUACAAGGGAGACCUGGCCAAGAGGGAAGCUCAGUUAAAAGAUAUUACAAGGAGAAACAGCACAUUAAAAUAAAAUACAAUACAGUACAAAGCAGACACGACUAUUAGGGAUCAUGCAAAAAUACAUACACAAACAGAAUGACAGAGAUACAGACAUGUAACCAGCAUGACAUGACGGAUUGUUGCGUCUUAAAGAUGAUGCAGUAAAACAUGAAAAAUUUGACUGGUACUAAGUGUGGUUUUUGGCUCCAUGGAAGUGUUACAGAAUGACACGCUUUUAAUGAACCUGGUCAUGAUCUGUUGGUCUUUGUUUUUGUAUUAAAAUCAGGGCGGGCAAUUU